CGCCGACGGCCCGCCUGGCGCCAUUGAAGGCAGGCAGACGGCUGAGUCACUGCUCGUCCCAUCCAAACAUAGCUCAUGAUAAACAGGAAGCGUGUUGUUGUGUUGUUCUGACCUCCGGUGCACCGAGGCCGCCUGGCAGGAUGCUGACCGUGACGCUGAGGACGCUCCAGCAGCAGACGUUUAAAAUCGACAUCGACUCCGAAUUGACGGUGAAAGCAUUGAAGGAGAGAAUCGAGGAGGACAGAGGCAAGGAUGCGUUUCCGACUGCAGGACAAAAACUAAUAUAUGCAGGUAAAAUCUUGAACGAUGACACAGCGUUGAAAGAGUACAACAUCAGUGACAAGAACUUUGUGGUGGUCAUGGUCACUAAGCCUAAAGCAGCCCCUCCCCCUCAAACAUCCCCUAAGUUGACACCGCAGCCAGCUCCGCCCUCCUCUACCCCUUCCUCCUCGUCAGCAGCGGCCAGCGUCCCAACACCAGAACCCUCGCCGGCAACACUCAAGGCGCCUGCACCCACGCCCACCCCGCAGUCGUCAGAGACGCCUCCCCCAGCGCCGGAAAACACCCCCACGACUUCUCCCGAAGACACCUCUCCGGUGCCGGCCUCCUCCGCCACGGCCACCGCCGCGCCCUCCUCGACCGACGCCCCGACGACCCCGGCCGAGCAGGCGGAGGACAAGCCAAAGGAGGAAGCUGAGAGUACAACACCCGUCCCGUCGGCCGCUUCCAGCCUGGUGGAUGAGCUGGGUCUGCUGGAGGAAGCGGCGUCCAUACUUGUGACGGGCCAGGCCUACGAGAACCUGGUGUCGGAGAUCAUGUCCAUGGGCUACGAGCGGGAGGCGGUGGUGUCGGCUCUCCAAGCCAGCUACAACAACCCAGACCGGGCAGUGGAGUAUUUACUGAUGGGUAUCCCCACCGAAGCAAGCGACGCUCUGCCCCGUGACGCUCUGCCCCGUGACGCUCCUCCCCGUGAUGCUCCGGCCAGUGACGCACCGCCCAGUGACGCGCCGCCCAGUGACGCUCCGCCCAGUGACGCUCCAUCUGACCAAGCAGCCCCAACCCCGCAACCUUCACAGCCGCCAACAGCAGCCGCCACUCGCACGUCGUCUGGCAGCCAGCCCGCCCCUGCUAGCGCGGGCUCUCCGUCCACAGGGAACCCUCUGGAGUUCCUAAGGAACCAGCCUCAGUUCCAGCAGAUGAGGCAGAUCAUCCAGCAGAACCCGGCCCUGCUGCCCGCCCUGCUGCAGCAACUGGGUCGAGACAACCCGCAGCUGCUGCAGCAAAUCACGCAGCACCAGGAGCGCUUUGUCCAGAUGCUGAACGAGCCUCAGGGCGGGGGCGAGGGCGCCGAACCCCGGGGGUCGUCCCGCUCCAACUACAUCCAGGUCACCCCGCAGGAGAAGGAGGCCAUCGAGAGGUUAAAAGCUUUGGGCUUCCCAGAAGGCUUGGUCAUCCAGGCGUACUUCGCCUGUGAGAAGAAUGAAAACUUGGCCGCCAACUUCCUGCUGCAGCAAGCAUGGGAUGACGAGUAGCGGGCUCCCGUGCCACUAGGGGCCGCCAGAGCACAUUUCCUUUCCCGACACGCGCCCCAACAGCACUGAUGGACGGUUAGCCGUGCGGCGGCUACGUGAAGAUGUUGGAGUUUUUUGUUGUUUUUGCCUUCACUCUCCAUCAGGCUUUGGUUAGUUUUGUGUGCAGAUGAUCAUGGCGAUCUUUUCAAUAAAUGCUGACUUUGAUUGAUA